AGAGCUGGCACCGGUUCGCCUUAAACCGGUGCCAACUAUGUUAAUUAGCACCGGUUCAAACCGGUGCCAUAUUUGAGUAGAAAAAACCCGGGUUAGGUUAUUCGUGCGUUUUUCUUUUUCAAUUCCUUUUCCUCUGUAACUUGCUUCUCCUUUCUCCUUCUACCUUUCCCCAUUUCCCUCUUGACUCCACUACUUCCACCACUGCGCACCCCUUUCCACCGCCACCACACUCUAUCUUCAUUCUUCACGGCGUCAAGGUGAUGUGACGGUGGUCGCGAUUGGUUGUUGGAAUUUUAGAGUUUCAGGUGGCAAUUUGGUUGAGUUUUUGUUAUUUUAGUUUUGAAAUUAGGGCUUUGGUUGAUUGUGGUUAUGGGUAUCCGAUUUUUAGUUGUUUUUAGAUGGAUUUUUGGUUGAUUUUAGAUGGAUUUGUUGUGGGAUGCAAUUCCUUGGUAUUUUUGUUGUGGUUUUGAAUACCUAAUUGGUUGAACUCUUCACUCUGGUCUACGCCUCCUCCUUCUUCUUUUGCUACCACCAUCUCUCUCCUCCGCCCAUCGUCCGCCCUCCGUCGCCGGUUCGACCUCCAUCCCCACCUCCUUCGCCGCCGGACUCCAAUGGCAUUUCCACUUCCUCUGCUUCUCCUUCUCCUUCUCCUACCCCCGAGGAGAUUUCUCGCCAUGCUCAGCUCUCACUCGAGCUGUCGAAGAAGAUCAUCAACAUCAGAGAAAUCAGGAGGUUAGCAUCCAUGGGUCUUCCUGAUGCUCCUGCCAUCCGCUCUACUGUCUGGAAGCUUCUGCUGGGGUAUUUGCCCAUUGAUCGAGCAAUGUGGCCCUCUGAAUUAGCAAACAAGAGGUCUCAAUACAACCAUUUCAAGGAUGACCUCUUGAUGUCUCCCGUUCUUGCUGAAAAAGCUUAUAUUGUGGGUGUGGAGCAAAAAGGUAUUAAAGUGGAUUCUUUUGGAAUAGAAGAAUCUCUGAAAGAAUUGGCUCAACUAGCUGACACAGCAGGUCUUCAGGUUGUUGGCUCUACCUAUCAAAAGCUUGCUGCUCCAAAUCCAAGAACAUAUAUUGGCUCAGGCAAGGUUUCUGAGAUCAAGAGUGCAAUUCAUGCAUUUGAUGUUGAAACAGUGAUAUUUGAUGAUGAGCUCUCACCAGGAUACAUUUCAAGCCCGUAAGAAGCUGCCUUUGGUUCCAAAUUCUAGGGUAGUACAACAUACCUUGCAGAAUGCAGAUGGUUUGGGAACAGAAACUAGUGAUUCGAUUAGCGUAAAUGUGAAUGAAUUGGAUUCCUUUGGUGCAGGACUACAGAAUGAAAUUGGUGAAUACAAUUGCUUCUUAAAUGUGAUCAUUCAGGUUUGUAACAUAACUCAUUUUUCAUUAUUCUUGACUUCAUGCUGCCUGCAGCUAUUUUGGCCUGAUUUUUUCAAGUGGCUUGUCGUAGUCCCUAUGGCAUCUAAAACGGUUCCGGGAAGAGUUUUUGAGGAGAUCGCCUUCUGAGCAUGUUCAUGUAUGCUGAAAGUUUUAAUCUUAUUAAGUUUGCUGAAUGUAUGCUGUGUUUUAAUCUUAUUAAGAUUGCUGAAUGUAUGCUGCAUUUUAAUCUUAUAGAGAUUGCUGAAUAUAUACAAUGACCCUGAUCGUUUAAUUUAGGUCCAUGUCAUCUGUUGGUUGUUGCCCUACUGUUCCAUUUUGAACUUCAUCUUUACCAUGCAUUCAGUGUGUAAUUGAUGUUAGCGCGUUGAAAUCUCAGUAAAUAAACUUGAAAGAUGGUUGAUGUUCUAUUUAUUCAUUUUUAUGCCGAUGACCUGCUCUAUUGUCUUACCUCGAGCUUCUUCUUGACCCUAUGUGCUUGAUAUUAUAUGAGUGACAUUGCCUGGUGUUUUCGCCUUCUUUCAAGGCCAGCUGUUUGAAGUGGUUUUUAAUUAUUGAGAUAAAUGAACUUGAAAGAUGGUUGAUGUAUCUCCUGUGAGCAAGAUCUUUUUCAUUUUGUGUCUUCACCUCUGUUAUACUACCUUGAACAAGUUCGGUAAUUUACGCGUCACAUUGCUUGUGUUGUUGUUUUUGCAUUCUUUUCUAGUCUGUUUUGUCUAUUGUGUGCUGCUGCAGGCUGUGUUCUACUGUGAUGCUGAGCUAGUCAGUGUGGUGGGAUUGUUUGACUGUUCAUGUGCCUGCUCAGAGCUUCUGUUUUUUCUGUCCCUGCUGGUUUGCUAUGGUCUGUCUUUCUGCUGGCCUGUUGUGUAGCUGUUUUGCGUUCAUGAGCUUGGUUCUGAUGUGGUGGCUACUGUGCUGGUGUCUUUGCUCUGGUGCAGUUUGUGUUUCUAUGACCCUGGGACUGUUCUGCUAUGGUUCAGAUUGCUAUGAUGCUGUUUGCGUUUGGUCUGGUCAGUUUUUUAGUAGCGGUUUUGCUGAUUUGCUUUGCUCUGAUUCUGUGUUGCUAAGUGCUAGGUUUUAUGGGCUGAUCCUUGAAGCUUUCUGCUCAGCUGGUGCUGUCUAACUGCUGUUCUUCAAGGACCUACUGGUGCCUGCUCUGCACUGGUUGGGCUGCUGGUUUUGGUGUUGUACAGUAGUGGUGUGGUUUGGUGUUGCUGUUUUGGUGGGCUCCGAGGUUGUAAUAUUAUUUUUUUUUUUGGACGAAAAUUGUAAUAUUACAGCCUUUUUUAAUGAAAAUAUGUAACUUUAUAUAU